AUGGCCAGUGCUGCCGCGAGACUCACCUCCAUAACUUAUUUGGAUGUGAGCCACUGCACAUACAUUGGACCCGUUGCGCUCGAGGCAAUCGGGAAGCACUGUAAGCAUCUAGUGAAGUUGGAGAGAAAUGCAUACCUGAUGAUGAUUUUGGGAAGCUCUCUAGAUGGUGAGGCUUUUGCUAUAGCAGCCACAAUGCCAAAACUAAAACAGCUUAGCAUUACCAAUACGUGUACCAGUACUGAUGGUGUACUCAAGAUACUCUCCAGUUGCCCGGAUCUCGAGUUAUUGGAUAUUAGAGGGUGUAGAGAAGUGAAACUUGAUGAACCUUUUGUCAAGAAAUUCUCUCAACUUAGGAUUCUGGGACCGGAACUAGUAGAUUAUGGUCCCGGUAUUUCCGCCUAUGUUGCAUUUUAUCCAUACAUUAGACAUUUAUUUUCCGGGUUGGAUGAUAUAGAGAUGAUUAUGGACUUCGAACUGGAUCUUGACGACCCUACAUGGCUUUCAGAACUACUUUUAGAGGAUUAA